GUUGAUUAUCCUAGAUCACUUACUUUCAUCUAUCACAAGCAAUAGAUCAAACACUAAAGUGUCACCCAUUCAAUGCACUCCUCUCACCUUAAUAAAUAUAGCAGCACUAGACCCUUAAAACUGCAUAAGAUCACAAAUUAAUUUACCACAUUUUACUAAUCAUAAGAGAGGAAAAAAAUAAUAAAGAUACUUAAUUUUUAAAAAAUAAAAAGAAAGACAAUAAUAAUGGGCAUGAAAUUGGAAGGAUUGGUUUGGGGUAUAAGUUUAGUAUGUGGGGUGUUUGUAGAUUUGAGCAAUGCACAAAGUUUAGUUCCUGCAAUCUGCACAUUUGGUGAUUCUUCAGUGGAUGUUGGAAAUAAUGAUUAUAUUUACACUGUUUUUAAGGCUGAUUAUCCUCCUUAUGGAAGGGAUUUCAUCAAUCAUAAACCUACUGGAAGAUUUUGUAAUGGCAAAUUAGCCACUGAUAUCACUGCUGAUACUCUGGGCUUCACAACAUACCCACCCGCAUAUUUAAGCCCACAAGCAUCAGGAAAGAACCUUCUUAUCGGUGCCAAUUUUGCAUCUGCCGGUUCAGGUUAUGAUGACAAAACAGCACUCCUCAGUAAAGCAAUUUCACUGUCACAACAACUAGAGUUGUACAAGGAGUACCAAGGAAAGCUGGCUAAAGUAGGUGGUAGCAGCAAAGCAAAGUCAAUCAUAAAGGAUGCUCUUUAUUUAGUUAGUUUUGGAAGUAGUGAUUGGAUCCAAAACUAUUAUGUUAACCCUUUGAUUAACAAGUUAUAUUCCCCUGAUCAGUACUCUUCCUACCUUAUUGGUAUUUUCUCAAGCUUCAUUCAGAGCUUGUAUGCAUUAGGAGCAAGAAAAAUUGGAGUGACUUCACUUCCUCCAUUAGGUUGUGUACCAGCAACCAUCACCUUAUUUGGGUUUCAUCAAGAAGGCUGUGUAUCAAAAAUCAACUCAGACGCCCAAAACUUCAAUAAGAAGCUGAACUCAGCAGCUACUAAACUGUCUAAGCAGCAUUCUAACCUUACCCUUGUUAUUUUCGACAUUUACACACCGUUCUACGGUUUAGUUCAGAAUCCUUCUAAAUCUGGAUUUGCUGAGGCCAGGAGAGGGUGCUGUGGGACAGGACUAGUCGAGACAACAUCGUUGCUUUGUAAUCCAAAGUCGAUAGGAACAUGCAAGAAUGCUAGUAAGUAUGUAUUUUGGGACAGUGUGCAUCCUUCUGAAGCUGCUAAUCAGGUUCUGGCGGAUACCCUCAUCAUCCAAGGCAUUUCCCUCAUCGGUUGAUUGUGUUCUGUGAACCUCGUCUUUGUUGUUGCUACGAUGUGUGAAAGUACUACGUAUUUUUCUGCGUAUCAUUUUCAGUGCGAAGGAGAUCAGUAUGUAUUGAAAUAUAUGACACAUUAUACUCACAUGAACUUAUUAUGUCGAUUCAGUAGAUAUUGAAGUAUUUAUAUCAGAAGAUUUGUGUUUGUGUACAUGAUCAAAUCCAAAAUUAACCAAUUUGCAUAUUUAAGUUCUAUAAAACAACGUUUAUUUCUGGACCAACCGUAAGAUACAGAGCUAGACUAGUCAGUACUUCAUGGGUAGACCUGGAAAAAAGGUCGAUUGGUCGGAAUUUGGGUCGGUUCAGACUAUUAGCAAGCAAUUUUUGCAUAUUAUCAUUGUACUUAGCAUUGUCUAAUGUGAUGGAAAACACCUUUUGUUUAAGCUUUCAAUCUUUUAUAAGUCCAAUUAAAUUCUCAUGUAUCAUGUUGGCAUUAUGAGGAAGAGGUACAUGACAUAAGACAAUAAUUUUAUUGUAUAACUUCAAAUCAUCAAUAUAAAGCGCAUUUAAUGAAAGAUAACCCUCAUCCACAAUUGAAUGCCACAUAUCAGUAGUUAAACAAAAUUUUGAAGACACCUUAGUGCUCAUUUUUUUUAACCUAUGUUUUUCCUGUUUAUGGACUUCUAAGCAAUACUUCUUAGCGGUUUUUUUACAAAUAAAUUUACAAUGUGCAUUUAAGAAGCUAUAUAUAGCUCGAUUUCCAGCAUUUUUAACAAAUGGAAACUAAUAACCAUGUCUUAUAAUUGCCCUAGCCACUAGUUGCUU